GCGCGCAGUACUGACGCUCAAAGCUGCAGCAGGGAUAAAGCGCCCGGCGAGGAGGACGCACUGAACUUGGAACAAGCUGCGCAGAGUGAAUACGGCACCCAUCAACGAAAGGACACGGGGUAGCAGGCUUCCAGCAUUGUUUUUAGUAACGCUUGGACAUACAAACAUACUGAGUCACACAUUUUUCUAAAUCAUCAAUCCAGGCGCAACUCUCCACCCAGGAAUAUUUCAAGAGAACUUUUCUGUUUUUCUAUGCCGAACACAGGAAGGCAUACUUUUUCAUCUUUACCAGCGCAACUCAGAGCAAUACACACUUGCCACUUUUUGAUAUCACAAUCCAUCGGCACAGUCUAUUGAAGUGGCAUGAACUUUUUGUUUCUUGAAAAGUGGCAGUGGGUACUGAGCGCGAUGUGCGGAGAAACUGGCGCUCUGCCGUGCGCUGCUGCGCAGUCUCUGGAGAUCUGUAUUUAAAGCCUCGCGUUCCGUGGAGAGUUGUACAUCUGGAUAGAGGAGAUUUCACCCAAUCUAAAAUGUCCGUUUAGCUCUAAAAUGUCCAGUUUUAGGUCGUUUUAAAAUUAGGAAAGAAUCACACAAAAUCAGUCCUGAAAAGCAAUGCUUUUGCAAUGGUUUUGAGGGAAACAACACGCAUCAACAGGUACCGUGUUCUCAAUGGAAGGGUGAGAGUAUAUCUGAUUAUGUUCACUCAAAGGCCAAUGCUAUAAUACUGUCCUGUGUUACUAUUUUAAUUUUAAUCGUUCAUCGUACCAGAGGCUACUGUAAUGCACUUUCCCAAGUGCACAACAACACUAACACUAACUAAGUAUUAGAACUGCCCAUAGUAGAGCACGUCCGACGCGUAACCCACAUUCGAAUUUGAAACAUUUAUUUUAUUUUCCAUAAGAAAAACGAGCUCGAAUAACCACUAAGUCAGUUACGGCACUAUUAGACGUUAUAAGUCAAACAGCAUUGAUCGCUAUCUUGACACGAGACUGGAGUAUUUUGGGCGCGUGGGGGGGACGAAUGGACUUGCAGGGAGGAGAGCGAGCGGGGGCAGGAACGCAAAGUCUCGAGGACAUGUGAACAUAGGGCUCGCGGGGAGUUGGACACCGUUUUUAGCCAUGAUCUCUAAGUCUGCGAGGGGGCUUGACUGCGUCUGGUUUUAUGCACAAACUCUACAAAAUCUGCAACCUAUUUAAUUCCCAGAGAAGUUUAAAAGGGCUAUAGUGACCUAAUAUAAAUCUCUCAUCAACAUCACUGAGUUUAUUUGGUUCACUUUAAUUCAGCGGCAGUUAUGGAGAGCGCGUGUUCCGUUGGCGUGGAUCCGGCCGGCCGUAACGGCAGCAGUGCAGGUGCGCUGGUUUCUCCGACGUGCAAUCAGAGCAAACUCUCGCCAUACUCCCCGGAAGCGACUGCGGCCUUCGCCACGGCGAUCACCCUCAUGAUCCUCUUCACCAUCGUGGGUAACAUCCUAGUCAUCAUCGCCGUGCUGACCAGCCGCUCUCUGCGGGGACCACAGAACCUCUUCCUGGUGUCGCUGGCCGCGGCCGACAUCUUGGUGGCCACCCUGAUUAUUCCGUUCUCCCUGGCCAAUGAGCUGAUGGGAUACUGGUACUUCCGCACAGUGUGGUGCGAGAUCUACCUGGCGCUGGACGUGCUCUUCUGUACGUCAUCCAUCGUGCACCUGUGCGCCAUCAGCCUGGAUCGCUACAUGUCCAUCUCGCGGGCCGUGACGUACGGCGCGCAGAGGACGCCGCGCCGCAUUAAAAGCGCCAUCCUAGUGGUCUGGCUGAUCUCAGCGGUUAUCUCCUUCCCACCGCUGCUGUCCAUGAACAAGAACAACGUGACGGAGGAGUCGCCCGGCUGGCCACAGUGCAAGCUGAACGACGAGCCGUGGUACAUCCUCUACUCCACCAUCGGCUCCUUCUUUGCACCCUGCCUCAUCAUGAUCCUGGUGUACAUGCGCAUUUACCAGAUCGCCAAGCAGCGCACGCGCUGCCCUCCAGGCGAGCCACGGAAGGAGGUCAGUGCCAGCAGCCCUGCCCCCCAGGAGAACGCCAAGGCUCUUCAGAAUGGGCGAGGGGACAUGGCGAGCACACCGGGCCCGCCGCAGAGGCGGCCUCCAUCGCUUGCCGUGCCUCAGGCAGGGUCCCCUCAAGCGGGCAAGCAGCAGUCGGAAGCCCCCCCGGCCACCGGCAAUCUCCUGGCUCCACCCUCCCUAGGCGUGGCUCUGGCUCCAACCACGCCCUCUUCUGCUCUGGGCCCCUCCCCGUCCCUCUCUGUCUCCUCCCCCCAAAAGCCACACCAGGCGCCCAAUAAGCCCAAGGGGAGAAAGAAGGAGAAAAGAGGAGUGAAGAGACUCGAUAACAACAAUGACGAGAGCUCGACCUCCAACUCGGACACAGAGCAAGGGGAGAUGGGAGUGGAGCCGCCGCUGACCCCCAGCGCAGAUCCCGACGCAGGCGUCCACUCUCCAGCCACCAUGCAGAAGUACAGGGACAUGGUCGCCACGGCGAGGGGCACCGCUCUGACGUCCCGGAAGACCAAGCGAGAAGGCGCGCCCAGUUCAGCGCGCCGCAAGGCCAUGGUGAACCGCGAGAAGAGAUUCACCUUCGUGCUGGCCGUGGUCAUUGGCGUCUUUGUCGUCUGCUGGUUUCCUUUCUUCUUCUCCUACAGCCUGCAGGCCAUGUGCCCAAAGACCUGCGCUCUUCCCAAGCCUCUCUUUACCUUCUUCUUCUGGAUCGGCUACUGCAACAGCAGCCUCAACCCUGUCAUCUACACGAUCUUCAACAAGGACUUCCGUAGAGCUUUCAAGAGGAUUCUCUGCAAGAAUACCAAGGGUACUUUCUUUUAACAGAUCCCAGGCUACAGAUAAACAUACUACCGAGGUAAAGGAAUGCUACAGCAUCUGGGUAAAUAGGUACUGUAAAAUUUGUGGGGAAAAAGCACAAUAAUGUCAUUGUAAUAGUGUAAAUAAAGGGCUUUUUGUAUAGCCCUUGGAAUCAAAGACAACAUGCAGUGAUAUCAAUUGACAGUGACACACCACUUUAUCGGGGUGAAUGCCUGACACUAUGGUUACCUAGACUCUUGCAGGUUAACUAUGUACUAGGGCUUAAUCUCACAGACUUACUGCUGAGGAAAAACAAAUACAGCCUCAUUAUGGCUUGUGAAAAGACAGCAAUGUCCUGUUUUAUGGAGGUUAUUGUUCGGCGACAACAACAUGGUGUGGUAGUGUUUUCCCUUUUAGCCUUUCUAAGAAAAUCUGCCCUCAGGGAUGAACGCAAAUGGUAUGAACGCAACUUUCAGUCUUAUUUCAUCCUCACAAAAAUUCUCUCUCAUGCACAACGGAUCGCAAACAAGACACAUUACUCCACCGCUCCUCCCUGACACCUGUCGGGCUUAAGUGAGAGAAAAAAGGAGGAGAACAAAACACAAUUAUGGAAUUAUUUGCCAGGGGGUAGGCCCGUGUAUAAAACCCACCGAUGUUGGAUUCAUGUAAGGAGGCUGAAAGGCAUAUGGUCCUCUGGGGUGAGAGGAGGCAUUCCCUUGCUAUGCCUACUCUCUUCCAUCCACCUAAUGCAUGCAAGCCUGCAGAAUACAGAGUGCCAGCCAUAUAGUGAGGAAAGCCUCCUUGUCUUUUCUCAGCAGGUUAUCUGGUAGAAGCUCAAUCUGCUUGCUAAUGCCAUGAACAUGAAGGCAACUGCUUUGAGGUAGGCAAGAGAAGAAAAAAAAAAACCCUGAUUCUGCUCAACGUGGACAGAGUUUAUGGGGCCACGGACGACGUCUCGCGCCCCCCUGACUCUGACUCUGUUGUCAAAGAUGCAGCAGUGCUGCUGGUGUAAUACUGAUGGGUGGUGGGCAAUAAGCACCCUUACUGAGAUCUGGAACUGGUUUUUGUUCACUUUUUCAGUUUUGAAGAACCGGGGAUCUCUGCCGUAAACUCAACUGCUGCACCCUCUAAUUGUCUGACUGUUUAGCAGGGUGAUAUCUGGGGCUAAAGGGCUGAUGGCACAGACACUUCUUGUUCCUUUUCCUGGCCGCUUACUUGCUGAUCAGUGUGUGUGAGAGUGUGUGCGUGUAUGAGACACUGCACCUACUGUGAACGAGCGCGUGUUGUGUGCGACUGUCUCCUGCGUGAACGCGUGUGUGUGCUGUGGACGAGAGGGUGUACGCGUGCGAUAGAUGGGCACGUUUGUGUUUUGCAGCGCUGACGAUCUGUGCAGUAUAAACAAUCGGCCCUUCCACUCCUCAUGUCACUGGCACUAAAUGAAAAUAUGUGUUUGAUUCAAACGCUCAGAAUCGUCUCUUCUGCGCCACCUCACCCUGAUGCUUUUAACUCACAUUCUUCUCAUGCCAGUGCUGUUAUAUAUUUGGCUGCUAAUCCAUGUCUUCGUACACCAAUAGUAUUUUUAAAAGAUGGAUUCCUGGCCAGAGUGAAUUUUUUCAUCCCAAAACAACUGUUUUGUUAUGUGUGGGAUCAAAGUUUAAAGUUAAAGUGAUUAGGCAUUUUCUGAUUAAUGGGGCAAUUGUUACCAGGGUUAUGUCUAGGCAUAAAAGAGUUGUAAAAAGUUUUGUAUUAUUUAUUUGCCAAUUUCUGUUUUGGUCAUGCAUAUUUAUUAAUGGCAAUUUAUCAUGUAUUACUUGUUUUCUUUGUAAGAUAAGGUUUUUGGGGGGCAACAAUCUAAAAUCCAUAUGGUUGUUAUGUAAAAGUCUAUAAUUCAUGAAUAGGACUUUACAUUUGGUUUGCACUCUCCAAAGCUUUGCAACAUUUUAUGAUCAAAAUCACCUUUUCUCUAUAUCCCCUCUUUCUCUCUCCUUAAUUCCUUUCUUUACAAUGUAUUCUGAACUGCUUUACUCCACUACCUGACAAUAAAGCAUCUAUAAUA